CACUGUAAGGUAUAACUAUAUUUAAAGUACAUAAAGAGGGUUGUUUAAUACAUCAAUAGUGUGAUUUGACUCGCACCUCUUCAACUGCCAUCCCCUCUUGUGAAAAAUGAUACAUUCCAACUUGUCCAUGAUGGCGGCCGCUGUGUUCGAUUUUUCCGCAACGAGGAAAGCCUUUGAGGCUGAGAUCCAUGAGGCAGAGAAAGUAAGCAGCAUGACAUUGCUGCAAGAAAGGUUCAUGAAAUUGUCUGGCAGUGAGACAGAGAAGAAGAGCACCCUGGACCAGGCCUUUAGGGAUGUUCUAAAGGACCACAUUGUUAAAGAAAGCGGUUGUGAUGUUUACUUAUCAGUCAUCAGCCUUGCUGUUGACUGUGCCAAAGAGGGUCUAUGUCUUGGAAUGAUACCAUUCCUUAUGCUGGAUGAUGUCUUCUCCUCUGUGACUCUUGAUGUGUGUGAGCGGGUCUUCAAGUUUGUGGAGGACGGAGUGCCAACAUGGAAAAAGGAACCUUAUUACACAGGUGGAAAGAACUAUUUGCUGAGGAUGUGUAAUGACCUGCUGCGCCGCCUGUCCAGGUCACAGAACACAGUGUUCUGUGGGCGCAUCCAACUCUUCCUGGCACGACUCUUUCCACUGGAAGAAAAAUCAGGCCUAAACCUGCAAAGCCACUUUAACCUGGAGAAUGUGACUUCAUAUAACCUGAAGGGAGAUGACAGCACCAUGAGGUCGGAGGACAGGGACCGGGAUGAGAGUAUGGAGAUGGAGGAGGGAGAGAUGUCUGAUUCCCACAGCAGCUUUACACCAAUUGACUACAACCUGUACAGAAAGUUCUGGUCCAUCCAAGACUUCUUCCGUAACCCUAACCAGUGUUACAAGAAGGACUUAUGGAAGAGCUUUGCCAGCAACUCUGAUGAAGUCCUGAAGUGUUUCGAGAGUCACAAGCUGGACGACAUUCAGGCUUCCAAGAAGAAAAAGGAAAUGCUUGCAGGGGGUGGUGGCAAUGUGUACUUUGCUAAGUACCUCACCAGUGAAAAGCUUCUAGAUCUUCAGCUUGCUGACAGUAACUUUAGGAGAUAUGUGCUGGUACAGUUUCUCAUCCUGUUCCAGUACCUCAAUGCAGAGGUCAAGUUCAAAGCAGUUGUCAACAAUCCAAACUUUGGUUUUAGAGCACUAAAACUGCUGGCAUGUCGCAGUCCUCACUUCUUCCAACCCACCAACAACCAGUUCAAGACUCUACCAUCAUACCUGGAGAACAUCCUCAGCAAACUGGCGAAGGAACUACCAUCUCCAUCAGAAGAGCUUAAGACAGACACAGACAUGGCUGAGAAUGAGGAGUUGUUGGAUGAGAAGAAGCCAGACAGUCCUCAAGGCGCCCCACCUUUAACACAAGAGCACAUUGAUGUUUUAGCAGAAAAGCUAGGAGCUGACUGGAAAAAGUUGGCACCACACUUAGACUUCAAGGGAGCUGAGAUCACUGCAAUAGAAGGAGACAGUAACGAGAUGAACACCCAGGCCACACAGCUGCUGGUGACAUGGCAGGACAGGGAGGGGCCGCGGGCGACUGUUGACAUCAUCAUGACAGCUCUGGAGGAUGCUGGGAUGCAGGAGAUAUCUGAUGUUGUGUUUGGGGAGGGGGAAGAGGCUUCAUAAUGCCUUUAGGCUUAAUAUUUUUGCAACUUUGUCAGAUUGGAGACUUCUCUUUGUUUUGGUAAUGAAAAUCUUACGGCCCUAUUUCUGUUGUACAAAUCUUGGUGUCACCUUCUGGCAAACUUUAUGUUUUAAGGAAAUUCAUAGCUGCAGCAUUAAAUUUAUAGCUGUGGCACCUGAUUCCUGUAUUUAUAUGUGUAGUUUUAUACUAUCAUAUAUGAUAGUCUGUAAUACAGCUUAACUUAAGUUUGUAACAAUAGCUUCAAAUGUUCUAACAUGAAAGUGACAAAGGAUGACAGAUCCAGCUAUGUUACCCAUCAGGCUGUGUUAUUGUUAUAGUACAUAUGAUACAACUACAAGGUGUGCUGUUGACUCAUUAUCAGACAUCUCAUUUCAGUUUGCUAUACUACCUUUACAUGAAAACGAACUCAAAUGAUAAGUUUUGGCAUCUUUUAUCAUAUAAUAUGCUAUGUUUCAAACACAACUUAUCUUAAGUAAAGCCUGAUUUGAUUCUCCAUUUUUCAGAGUAGUGUACAAUAAUGUUUCCAAGUGGCAUAUUACUUCAGCCCUCCUCAUGAACCUGAAAUACACUGAUUAUGUUGAAUUUUCUAUUUUAAUAUCCUUUUAUGGUGAUCACUUAUAUGCACAUGUACAAAAAUGUACUUGAUGUUGAAAGAAAGCCAUAUGAUUCAGGGCC